AUGGCCGCGCGCAUCCGCGGGUGCCUCCUGCCGCCUCUCCUCCUGCUCGUCCUCGCGACCGCGGCCAACCCCGCCGGCGCGCUCCGCUUCGACCUGCUCUCGGGCCACACCAAGUGCAUCUCCGACGACAUCAAGGUCGGCGCCAUGGCCGUCAGCAAGUACCACGUCAUGGCCCCCGACGACGGCGCCUCCUCCUGGUCGUCGUCGUCACCGUCCCAGCAGCAGCAGCUCCCGGACUCCCACCGCAUCUCGCUGCGGGUCACCUCGCCCUACGGCAACAGCCUGCACUACGCGGAGAACGUGCACUCGGGCAACUUCGCCUUCACGGCCUCCGAGGCCGGCGACUACCUCGCCUGCUUCUGGGCGCCCGAUCACCGCCCGCCCGCCACCGUCGCGUUCGAGUUCGACUGGCGCAGCGGCGUCUCCGCCAGGGACUGGAGCGCCGUCGCCAAGAAGGGUCAGGUCGAAGGAAGUAGAAAUGCAGGAACUGAACAGGAGAACAAACUCAAGGAUGGCUUGGCUUGGUUUCCUCUCGCUCGCCAUCUGCCUAUCAGUGGCGGGCUUGCAGUUAUGGCACCUGAAAAACUUCUUUGA